AUGGCUUAUCAUCCGACAACUUCUCAAGUGAACAAUUCUUCAGUUACUGUCACAUUAAAUGAUGGUGAAACCAACUCUGUUUUGCAGCUUUUUACCAUCGACAAGUUUUACUCUACUUGUGAAGGACCGUUAAAAAAUAUUCGAAUUUUAGAUUUGACUCGAAUUGUGGCAGGUCCUUAUUGCACAAUGAUUUUAGGAGAUUUAGGUGCUGACAUAAUUAAAAUUGAAAAGCUUGGCUCAGGAGACGAAACAAGAAGGUGGGGCCCCCCUUUUGUGAAUGAUACCACGGAAACUUGUUAUUUCGUGGGACUUAAUCGUAAUAAAAAAAGUGUUUGCAUUGACUUAAAAGUUCAGGAAGGAAAAGAAAUUAUAAUGAAUCUUUCUAAAAAAUGUGAUGUUUUAAUUGAAAAUUUUGUACCUGGAAAAUUAAAUAAAUUGGGUUUGGGAUAUGAAGAUGUGAAAAAAGUAUCACCUCAUAUAAUUUAUUGUUCACUGACUGGUUAUGGUUGGAAAGGGCCCUACAAACAUAAACCAGGAUAUGAUGUUAUAGCUGCUUCAUAUGGAGGAUUAUUAAGUAUUACAGGACCUGAAAAUGGCCCUCCAUGCAAACCUGGAGUUGCAAUGACAGAUAUAGCUACUGGAUUAUAUGCACAUGGUGCAAUUCUUGCUGCUCUUUUUCAAAGAUUAAAAACUGGCCAAGGACAGCAUAUUGAUUGCAACUUAUUUUCUACUCAACUUGCAUGCCUUAUUAACAUUGGCUCAAAUUAUCUGAAUGCUGGACAAGAAGGAAAAAAAUGGGGAAAUUCGCAUGCAAGCAUUGUUCCCUACAGAUCAUAUGAAACAUCAGAUGCUGAAUACUUGACCAUUGGAGCUGGUAGCGAUUCACAAUUUGAAGAAUUGUGUAACAGAUUAGAAAUAACAUUUAUAUCAGAAUAUGAAAAAUCAAAAUACAAAAAAAAUUCAGAUAGAGUUUUAAAUCGAGUAGAAUUAGAUGAUAUAAUACAAAAUAAAAUAAUGGAAAAAUCAUUAAAAGAAUGGCUAAUUAUUUUAGAAGGAUCAUCAUUUCCUUUUGGUCCAGUUAAUAAAAUUUCCCAGGUUUUUAAUGAUAAGCACAUUAAAGAAAUAAAUUUAAUAAAAGAAGUUAAUCAUGAUAUCGCAGGAAAAAUAAAAAUGGUUGGUCCUCCUGUAGAAUUUAGUAACUCCCCAAAUAAUGUAUGUUUACCUCCUCCAAUUUUGGGGGAACACACACCAGAUGUGACAACUGUCAGAUUCAAACUUAAAAAGCCUAAAUCUAGAAAAAAAGUUAAUUGGACAGAUGAAACUGUAGAUAAUGAAAAUAUGGAUAAGAAAAAAUCAAAAUACUUCCAGAAGACAGUUCUUCCUCCGAUGAUGACAAUGAAUGUGAACAUUGUUUUGGUCAUGUUGAAAAAAACAAAAGAAAAUCAAAUGACAAUCAAACUUCGUCAUCAAAAAAAGAAUCUCAUAUUCAAAGUAUGA